AUGUCGUCCGCACUCGCGAUCCCAGAUUCGGAGCUCAAGUCGCUCGCCACCGAGGUCAAGAAGAAGUUCGACGUGGCGAUCGCUGACGGCGAUGCGUACUUCUACCCCUCGGAAAAGAUCACCCUUCAAGAGUCCGAAGCUACGGGGGUCGCAUGGCAGAUCCGCACCGUACCCGCCCUCCUCAAGAAGCCGAAAGCCAACGACACUCCCUCCCAACCCGCAGCAGAAGAGACCAAGUCGCAACAGAACAAAUCCGACGUGUUCGCCCCACCCUAUGUGCCCAACUUGCUAGUCAAGCAGCUCGGCACCGACCACGUGGUGCUGCUUAACAAGUUCUGCGUCGUCCCGCAACAUUUCCUCCUGGUAACCCGCACCUUCGAGAGCCAAGACCUGCCGCCCUCACCAGCCACACUCGCGCUCGCCUACCGCGUCGUGUCCACCCAUCGCUCGGCUGCGACCAACACGGAGCUGCUGGCGUUCUACAACUGCGGCGCCACAGCAGGCGCUUCGCAGCCGCACCGCCACUUGCAGUUUGUCCAAUGCCCGCCGCUCGACACUAGCUCUGCCGACGCUGUCCAGUCGGGCCGGCUGAGCGAGCACGAGCAGGAGCGCAUCGUGGAGUCCGAAUACAAGGUGCCCGUGGAAGCGCUGCUGGAGCGCAUCGAGAGGGACGGUAAGGAGCACGAGAGCGUGCAUGCGCUCCCGCUGCCGUGGCAGCACUUUGUGGUGCUCUUGGAACCCACGGCGGAGAUGCGCAAGGACGAGCGCGAAAUGGAGCGUUACGUGGGGAACAAGUUCAUGGGCCUGCUCGAUGCCCUCUUCCGCGCACGCAUGGUUGCACACAGCGAGGGCGGCGUGCACACGGGCCGACCGGCAUUCAACGUGCUCAUCACCAAACGCGCCAUGCACCUCAUCCCGCGCUCGCAGGAAGAGUUCACAGACCUGCCCGGCAGGAGCGACGACGGCACCGUCGGCAACCUGUCGAUCAACUCGCUCGGAUAUGCCGGGUUCAUGCUCACCCGCUCGCUCGACGAGCAGCACGCGUUGAACAACGUGCCAGGCGCCGUCCAGCAGGUGUUGCGCACGACCGGGGUCCCUCCUGUCGCCGACGUGACUGUUCAGGCUGGCUUGCCGACCUCGAGUAUCUAA